UGCCACAUUCAUCUUUGGAGUGACCACCGCACUUCCUUACUCUGACACUUUCUUACUGCACGCGUGUUCCACAUAGCCACCCCAGCACCAUUUGUGCCUUCUGAGAACACCCAGACUCUGCUGGUGGAUUGUGUAUUCUCUAGAAAUUCUCCUUGGCCUCACACCAUCCAUUUCAGUAUCCUCCCUCUUUUUCUCAUACUCAGCUACUCCUUCAGGGCUACUCUUUUUCUCUUACCUGGUGAUUAAAGAAGCAUGAGAGAUUCAUCCACUCAUUUGUGAAUAUUUAUCAAGUGUGUACUUUGUGCCAGGUACUGGGACAUAGCCCCAAUGGGGGAAAGGAAGUGUUUUCAAAGAGUUUUUAGUCUAUUUGGGAAUUAAAGCUGUGGAAAACAUAAUUGUUUGAUUUAUACUUUUGCAAGAGAACAUCUGCUAGCAACAGCCGACUUAAUCUUGGAGAGGCCACACAGGGGCCUCCCUGAGAAGGUCAAGAACAUUAAAGCUGAGCCCUGAAGGAGUGUGAAUGGUGUGUGUCAUGGGGAGAGUAGUCUCAGCAGAGGGGACGGGGUAGUUCUUGAGAGAUGCAGAGAGAGGAGCUGAAAAUCCAGGAUUCCUAGAGCAAGGGAAUCGUUGAGUGGCAUCUGAUUGAGGUAGGAAGAAGGUAAGUUGCGGUUUCAUUGUGAAAAGACUUGUAAUCUGUGGUAAGUAACUGGGCUUGACCUGAAGUGCAGCGGGAAGCGCUUUUAACCAUGGGAGUAUCAUGAUAAUCAGAUCUGUGGUUUUAAACAGAUCAUCUGGUUUCAGGGUGCAGAAGGGGAGGGUGGACGCAGUGGGUGUGGGGAGACCACCUUGGGCCUGGGUGAGAGAUGGUGGCUUGGUUUGUGGUCAUAUCACAGGGAGGAGUGAAGUGGAUAGAUUAUUUGAGAGGUGUUGAGGAGGGAGACUCCUCACUUUCUCUCUUCAUGGCCUGCGAACUGAUUCAGAGGAGGCACAGUGAGUCACAUGAUGUGGGGAAGCAAGCACAUAGCUAGAGGUUGUCUGUUUGUUCAUUUGUUAGCAAGCAUUGAUACUGGGCCUGAUCCAGGACAGGAUCAUGCCAGGCUUGGAGUCUCCAGAAGUGAAUGACAUAAUCCCUGGCCUCAGUGUCUACUGGAUGGAAACUCCCAUCACAAGAAGAGUAAGAAUGUGUUUACCAAGAUAGGUGGCUAUGGUGGUGGUGGAAUACUGCUUAGGGAGAAGCUAACAUGACCAGGUGGGCCCUUGGGAUGGGUUGGCGUAUUCCUGGCCUCAGUGAAUGCUCAAAAUAUGCAUUAUGGUGCUUAACCCUGUGGAGACUUGGAAACUUCCUUUGCCCAAGGGCUUAUGUUGGUAGAUCCACAUUUAACUAAGCUCAGGAGACUUAAAACUGUACUGACAUCUGACUUGAAAUAGGAUGUUCCUGUUCUCACAAUUCUGGUUUAUUAAUUCAUGGUAGAGAUCAAUAGCAGGGACCCAAGUACUCGGCAGUGUGUAUGAUCAGCAAAUUCUCUCCCUGUAGGCAGACCUACAUGGGAAACAACCAUAAUGAGAAAGUUGCUUGGUGAGUAUGGAAUCAGAACCAAGAGGAUGUGGGUGAGCUUUAAUAGCGCUGGUUUGUAACAUAGCCUGGUACAGCCAUGUAGUCACAGUGAAACCCUUGCUUAGGGUUACCAAGAUACCGGAAGCCCCUUAUCUAACACCCUUGUCCUCCCCAAACUCCAUUCAAGUUAUGUCUGAUGAGAGUUGUUCACUAUCCUGUAGAUGGUUGGAUGGACCAUGCUUUGUGGCCUACUUUUUAGUACUCCCUCCCCUUAAAAAAAUCAGGUGAGCCAAUUAUUGUUACUAGAAUAUAGUCAAAUAACUCAUACUGUUCUGGAAGACAUUUUGUCUCUUUAAAGUAGCUUUAUUUGUCUUGAAUCAUUUUGUGCUGGUCCUAAGACUGAACUCUUAGAUAUUAUUUCCUCUCUUUCUAAACUUUUGGGGAAAUCUCUCAAGGAUGGACAACAACAAGGAGAUUUUGCUGCAGUGUGGUGAUUGGACCAGACUGGAUACGUUAGAGCAGUGGUUCUCAAAGAACAGCUCCUGGAGUGGUUGUAGGAAUGCUUCUUUCCUGGGGAACCACAGACCUCCUGAGUCAUCCCAUCUGGAAAGAGAGAGGCAGGAGAAUGGAGCAAACAAGAAGAGAGACGAGACCACACACCACGCUGUCCCUGAGAGACGAAGAGAGUAACCUCCUCGGUUCCUGACUUUAAAGUUCUCAAUUCCAGCCCCCUUUUAAUGAGGUACCUGUGUUUUGACUCUGUUCCUGUGGAUAGCUGCUUGGUCUGAAGUUCCAGAAAGGAUCCUGUUCCCAGACAGCCGGAGAGUCGCACCAAGGAGGAGAUCAUCGAGCUCUUGGUCCUUGAGCAGUACCUGACCAUCAUCCCUGAAAAGCUCAAGCCUUGGGUGCGAGCAAAAAAGCCGGAGAACUGUGAGAAGCUCGUCACUCUGCUGGAGAAUUACAAGGAGAUGUACCACCCGGAAGACGACAACAGUGACGUGACCAGCGACGACGACAUGACCCGGAACAGAAGAGAGUCCUCACCACCUCACUCAGUCCAUUCUUUCAGUGGUGACCGGGACUGGGACCGGAGGGGCAGAAGCAGAGACAUGGAGCCACGAGACCGCUGGUCCCACACCAGGAACCCAAGAAGCAGGAUGCCUCAGCGGGAUCUUUCCCUUCCUGUGAUGGCGAAAACAAGCUUUGAAAUGGACAGAGAUGACGACAGGGACUCCAGGGCUUAUGAGUCCCGAUCUCAGGAUGCUGAAUCUUACCAAAAUGUGGUGGACCUCGCUGAGGACAGGAAACCUCACAACACAAUCCAGGACAACAUGGAAAACUACAGGAAGCUGCUCUCCCUCGGAGUGCAGCUUGCUGAAGACGAUGGCCACUCCCACAUGACGCAGGGCCACUCAUCAAGAUCCAAGAGAAGUGCCUACCCAAGCACCAGUCGAGGUCUAAAAACUAUGCCUGAAGCCAAAAAAUCAACCCACCGGCGGGGGAUUUGUGAAGAUGAAUCUUCCCAUGGAGUGAUAAUGGAAAAAUUCAUCAAGGAUGUGUCACGCAGUUCCAAAUCGGGAAGAGCAAGGGAGUCAAGCGACCGGUCACAGAGAUUCCCCAGAAUGUCAGAUGAUAACUGGAAGGACAUUUCAUUGAACAAGAGGGAGUCAGUGAUCCAGCAGCGGGUUUAUGAAGGGAAUGCAUUUAGGGGAGGCUUUAGGUUUAAUUCAACCCUUGUUUCCAGAAAGAGAGUUCUUGAAAGAAAGAGGCGCUAUCAUUUUGACACAGAUGGGAAGGGCUCGAUUCACGAUCAAAAAGGCUGUCCCAGGAAGAAGCCCUUUGAAUGUGGUAGUGAGAUGAGAAAAGCCAUGAGCAUGAGCAGCCUGAGCAGCCUCAGCUCCCCUUCCUUUACCGAGUCACAGCCAGUUGAUUUUGGGGCAAUGCCAUAUGUAUGUGAUGAGUGUGGGAGGUCGUUCAGUGUCAUCUCAGAAUUUGUUGAGCACCAGAUCAUGCAUACUAGAGAGAACCUCUAUGAGUAUGGUGAGUCCUUUAUUCACAGUGUGGCUGUCAGCGAAGUUCAGAAAAGUCAGGUUGGAGGGAAACGUUUUGAAUGUAAGGACUGUGGAGAGACCUUCAAUAAGAGUGCCGCCUUGGCUGAACAUCGGAAGAUUCAUGCUAGAGGGUAUCUUGUGGAAUGUAAGAAUCAGGAGUGCGAGGAGGCCUUCAUGCCUAGCCCCACCUUUAGUGAGCUUCAGAAAAUAUAUGGCAAAGACAAAUUCUAUGAGUGCAGGGUGUGUAAGGAAACCUUCCUUCAUAGUUCUGCCCUGAUUGAGCACCAGAAAAUCCACUUUGGGGAUGACAAAGAUAAUGAGCGUGAACGUGAACGUGAGCGCGGGGAAACCUUUAGGCCCAGCCCAACCCUUAAUGAGUUUCAGAAAAUGUAUGGUAAAGAGAAAAUGUACGAAUGUAAGGUGUGUGGGGAGACUUUCCUUCAUAGCUCAUCCCUGAAAGAACAUCAGAAGAUCCAUACUAGAGGGAACCCAUUUGAAAAUAAGGGUAAAGUGUGUGAGGAAACCUUUAUUCCUGGUCAGUCCCUUAAAAGGCGUCAGAAAACUUACAAUAAAGAGAAGCUCUAUGACUUUACAGAUGGCCGGGAUGCCUUCAUGCAAAGCUCAGAGCUCAGUGAGCAUCAGAAAAUUCAUUCUCGAAAGAACCUCUUUGAAGGCAGAGGGUAUGAGAAAUCUGUCAUUCAUAGUGGGCCAUUCACUGAAUCUCAGAAGAGUCACACUAUAACAAGACCUCUUGAAAGUGAUGAGGACGAGAAGGCAUUCACCAUUAGCUCUAACCCCUAUGAAAACCAGAAGAUUCCCACUAAGGAAAAUGUCUAUGAGGCAAAAUCAUAUGAGAGGUCUGUUAUUCAUAGCUUAGCCUCCGUGGAAGCUCAGAAAAGUCACAGUGUAGCAGGGCCCAGUAAACCAAAAGUAAUGGCAGAGUCUACCAUUCAGAGCUUCGAUGCUAUCAACCAUCAGAGAGUUCGUGCUGGAGGGAGCACCUCUGGAGGAAGGGAAUACAGUAGGUCUGUUAUCCAUAGCUUAGUGGCUUCCAAACCUCCAAGAAGUCACAGUGGAAAUGAAUUGGUGGAAUCUAAUGAGAAGGGAGAAUCCUCCAUUUAUAUCUCAGACCUUAAUGAUAAGCGACAGAAGCUUCCUGCCAGAGAGAACCCUUGUGAAGGGGGCAGUAAGAAUCACAACUAUGAAGACUCUGUCAUACAGAGUGUAUCCCGUGCCAAACCUCAGGAAAGUGUUCCCGGAGAGGGAUCUGGUGAAUUUAAGAAGGAUGGCGAAUUCUCUGUUCCCAGCUCAAAUGUCCGUGAAUACCAGAAGGCUCGUGCUAAAAAGAAAUACAUUGAGCACAGGAGCAACGAGACCUCUGUAAUUCACUCUCUGCCUUUUGGUGAACAAACAUUUCGCCCUCGAGGGAUGCUCUAUGAAUGUCAGGAGUGUGGGGAGUGCUUUACUCAUAGCUCUGACCUCACUGAGCACCAGAAGAUUCAUGAUAGAGAGAAGCCCUCUGGAAGCAGAAACUACGAAUGGUCUGUCAUUCGCAGCUUGGCCCCUACUGACCCUCAAACAAGUUACGCCCAAGAGCAGUAUGCUAAAGAGCAAGCACGGAACAAAUGUAAGGAGUUCAGACAAUUUUUUGCUACCAGGAAAGACCUCAACACAAACCAGAAAAUCUAUGACCAAGAGGAGUCUCAAGGCGAGAAGACCCAUGGGGAGGAGACCCAUAGCGAGGAGACCCAUGGCGAGGAGACCCAUGGUCAGGAGACAAUUGAAGACCCUGUCAUUCAAGGCUCAGACAUGGAAGACCCUCAGAAGAAUGACCCUGAUAACAAAAUCUAUGAAUGUGAGGACUGUGGCCUGGGCUUUGUAGAUCUCACAGACCUCACAGACCAUCAGAAAGUCCACAGCAGGAAGUGCCUGGUUGACAGUCGGGAGUACACACAUUCUGUAAUUCACACCCAUUCCAUCAGCGAGUAUCAGAGAGAUUACACUGGAGAGCAGCUGUAUGAAUGUCCAAAGUGUGGGGAAUCUUUUAUUCAUAGCUCAUUCCUUUUCGAGCAUCAGAGAAUCCAUGAACAAGACCAGUUGUAUUCCAUGAAGGGGUGUGAUGAUGGUUUUAUUGCCCUCUUGCCCAUGAAGCCACGGAGGAAUCGUGCCGCAGAGAGGAAUCCUGCUCUUGCUGGGUCGGCCAUUCGAUGCCUUUUGUGUGGACAAGGCUUCAUUCAUAGCUCUGCCCUUAAUGAGCAUAUGAGACUUCAUAGGGAAGAUGAUUUACUGGAGCAGAGCCAGAUGGCUGAGGAAGCUGUCAUUCCAGGCUUAGCCCUCACUGAGUUUCAGAGAAGUCAAACCGAAGAGAGACUCUUUGAAUGUGUGGUCUGUGGAGAAUCUUUCGUCAACCCAGCAGAACUUGCAGAUCACGUAACUAUUCAUAAGAAUGAGCCCUAUGAGUACGGGUCCUCCUAUACUCACACCUCAUUUCUUACUGAGCCCCUCAAAGGAGCUAUACCAUUCUAUGAAUGCAAGGAUUGUGGUAAGUCCUUUAUUCAUAGCACAGUCCUCACUAAACAUAAGGAGCUUCAUCUGGAAGAAGAAGAAGAAGAUGAAGCAGCAGCAGCCGCAGCAGCAGCAGCUGCAGCAGCAGCAGCCCAGGAAGUUGAAGCCAAUGUCCAUGUUCCACAAGUAGUUCUGAGGAUUCAGGGCUCAAACGUAGAGGCUGCCGAGCCAGAAGUGGAGGCUGCCGAACCAGAAGUGGAGGCUGCUGAGCCAGAGGUGGAGGCUGCUGAGCCAAACGGAGAGGCUGAAGGGCCAGAUGGAGAGGCUGCAGAGCCCAUUGGAGAGGCUGAACAGCCAAAUGGAGAGGCCGAGCAGCCAAAUGGGGAUGCCGAUGAGCCAGAUGGUGCAGGGAUUGAAGACCCAGAAGAAAGAGCUGAAGAGCCAGAGGGAAAAGCUGAAGAGCCAGAGGGAGAUGCCGACGAGCCUGACGGUGUGGGAAUUGAAGACCCAGAAGAAGGUGAAGAUCAAGAGAUUCAGGUAGAAGAACCAUACUAUGACUGCCAUGAAUGCACAGAAACCUUCACUUCUAGCACAGCAUUCGGUGAGCACCUGAAAACUCAUGCCAGCAUGAUCAUAUUUGAGCCUGCAAAUGCCUUUGGGGAGUGCUCAGGCUACAUCGAACGUGCCAGCACCAGCACAGGUGGUGCCAAUCAAGCUGAUGAGAAGUACUUCAAAUGUGACGUCUGUGGGCAGCUCUUCAAUGACCGCCUGUCCCUCGCCAGACACCAGAAUACCCACACUGGCUGAGGGCAUGGGGUAAAGGUUAGAAAACCUUCACCUAGGACUUGACCCUUACCAAACCACAGAGAAUUCAAAUGAUAAUGUCAGUAGGAGACUUAACCUUAGUGUGUUACAUACCUGACUUAACAUCUCUAAACUCAGAUUGAAAAGAGACGGAAUGUGGAGAUUCCACAGUCUUAAGCUUUCCCCUUCAGAUGUCAGUGUCUGCAUGUGAGAAAGCCAUAGCACACAUCUUACCUUUCCAAGUAAUCAGAUUGAGAAAACCCUAUGAGUAUUCCAGACUACAAAGGUUGCCCAAAUCAACUGUAAAUGAAACUUGUGUAACGUAUAUAUAGUGUUUCCUGAGGUGUAUAUAAAAUAGCAAAUUAUGGCAGAACAGUGAUCACAUAUAUUUGGAUUUAACAUGAUAUACAGUUACGGUUUACUCUGCAGAGGUACCUUACGUGGUACUCUUUGAAUUUUUUUUUUUUUUGGAGGAGGAAGAGAGCAACAAAUUUGAUUAUAUUUUUAAGUGUCUUAGAUCCUGAGAAAGAUUUAUUGUGUAUUACUUGAACCCUGUCAGUAUCUUUUUGAGUAAUCGUUUUGUUUCUUACCCUUAAAUAGUCUUGUGAAGCUGUAGGCAUGAUAGAUAACAUGUCUUUUACUCUUUACUGUUUGAAAAGAGAAGUACUUUAGCUUCUUUCUGCAGCCAUUUCAUCUGCACCAACACUUUGGAACCUAAUACUGUGUAAGGCUUUACAAUAUACGGAUUGGCUUUUUGUGACCCAAAUUGAUUGGUUGCCACAUGUUAUGUUUGUUGAAGUGGUUCUCAUGCAAAAAUAUUACACGUUUGUGUUCUGGGUUUUUUUUUUUUUUAAACCAACUCAAUAUGUGUUUGACGAUAGUGAAUUGAUAAAACCUGAAGCUUUUCCCUGUAAAUCUUACAUCUUUGCCUUUAAAGAAUGGGUUACAACCAUCACUAGAUCACAGUAGUGCCUAAUGAAGGUUGAGAACCGUAGGAGAGGCUCUCAUGCUGUAAAUAAUGUUGCAGGCUAAUGACCUUUCAUCAUUUCCUUUGUGCGCUUCCUGCCUUAAGUGACAAGUAGCAACAUGGCUUGGGUCCCCUGUGCAGCAUCAGCCUAUGCUGCCACAAGUCAGUUUGCACCCUAGAUGCCCAGGAGCUAGUAUCCUUAGAUCUUUCUAUCGCUAACUUAAUUCUCUUCGUUAUUUAUCUGACCCUCUAACUCCAUGUCUAACUUGCAUUAAAAAAAAAUUAUUUACAGUCAACCCAAGCUUAACAUGGACUCAGGUUCCCCAGCAGCCUUAAUUUGUUUCGUUAACAUCUGUUCCUUCUUUUUCAGCUCUCCUAGAGUAUUUCUGAGUGUUGUGUUCAUCUAAUCUUAGUAUUCCUUUUAAUUACAAAUUGACCUCACAGCUUGAGGUUUCUUGUGUCCUAUUCUGUGGACUACCUGUGCUCCUUUGCUUCCCCCCACCCCCUCGCAUAAUAACUACAUUAAGAAAUUUUUUUUGGCCUUGAGUUGGCUGGAAAAAAAAUAUAAAAUUCAAAAAAUUAAAAAAAAAAAAGAUUUGCAAAAUGUAAGUGUAGAUCAUUUGAACAAGCAAAAUUAAAGUACCCACUGGGGGAAAUGUGUCUGAAUCUUACUCUUCUGGAUCUGCAGGAUUAGGGCUUGGAAGUAUGUCAAAGAUGCAGGGAGUGUCAAAGUUUAGGAAGAUUGUAGAGCCGAGAGCAAGAAGCAGAAAUGAGUGAGUCAAAGAAGGGAGUCCUAAUAUAUCACCAGAUCUAGGAGGGGAGAGGAGACAGACAGAAGAAAACACCAGAGGCAAGAACUGUAGAAGGCCAGGUUUCUGAGAAUGAAUUGAGUGGGGUGUCCUGAGCAGUUUGGAAAAGGAGCUUUUGAUGAUAUGGUGUAGGUGAGGGCUGGCUGCAUAGGAAGACCUGAGGUUGGAACGGACAUCAGGAAAGCUGAGGGGCAGUGAGGUGUACUACAUGGGAAGAGGACUCUUGAAAUGAGAAUCAGUGUUGAUGUCGGGGUGAACUUUGUGGGUUCAUUACUUGGUGUUACCAUUGUUGGCAGUGGUAGCCCCUUUUCAGAAAGCAACUUGCCGUGAGUCAGGGUAUCCGUUCCAACCUUCAGUUAGUGAAAAGGUAGUAACAAAUGGUAAACAAGAGAAUGAUUGUUUAAACCUAUCUGUGGACACUUAAUGCAGCUGUUUAAAAAUGAUAAUCACGAGUUAUGUAGCAACGUGGAAAUAUAUUUACAGAACAUUAAGUGGAGAAAGCAGGACACAAAAGUAUAUUUAUACUACAGUUAUAACUGUUUAAAAAAUAUAUAUGCUUAUAGUCAAAAGCUGUUGUGGUGUUGUUGUAGGCUUAUAGUUGAGCAUUAUUUUCUUGUAUUUCUUGAAUGUUCUUUAUGGUAGUGUUACUAAAAAGUUUAUGAUCACAUUUUCAUUGUGAACAUAAUUUGAACUCAUUAUCACACACUUGGAAAAUACAGAAAAGUGGAGGAAAAAAAAUCAUAUCCCCACCAUCCAAAGACAUAUACUCUCCUCUAUCUUGUUUAUUCUUGUUUCUGUGCACAGGUUUAUGAUUAUAAAUGUGUCAAAAUGUAUAUUCAAAAUAGCUGUUACGUUACCUUUGUGGAAUUAUGGUUAAAUACUUUCACCUUAAUUUUUUCAAAUGUUCCCUAUAAUAAUGUCCUGAUAACAGUGUAUUAUGUAUGUCUCCAUUGUGUGCAUAAUACAUACCCAGAGGAAAAAUUAGAAAAUAAAGUAAAUUAUUUUAAAAAAUUACCUAUAUUCCCAACACCCAACAACUACUGCUAACAUCUUGAUCUAUUUCCUCCAUCUUGUUUCAGUGCACAAGCUUGUGAUAACAGUGUUAAAUAUGUGUGCAUAAAGUCUAAAAUGAAAAGAUGUGGAAAAUAACUAAAACAGUGUUGUCGUUGUGGGAAUUUGGUUAACUAUUUUGUCUCAAAUUCCUUAUAUAAUCUUUGGUGUUUUGGUAAUAAAUUUUAUGUAUGUAUUUUCCAUUACAAAUAUAAUACAUACUCAUAGAAAACUUUGGAAAUUCAGUAAAGAAAAUUCACUCAUAUUCCCAACACCCAACAACAAUUAACUGUUAACAUCUUGAUCUGUGCACUAGUCUGUGAUUAUUAGGGUGUUAAUGAUAAGUAUGCAUAAAUGUCAAAGAUGGGAAGAAAGAUGGAAAACAAGAAAUAGUUGUGUGGUUGUUGUGGGAUUAUGGUUAUUUUGUUUCGGUUUCCUUGAAAGGUCAUCAUUCUAGUGUUUUGGUAGUCCACCUUUACUACAUAUAUUUCCAUUAUAUAUGAAAUGUGUUCAUUAUAGAAACUUUGAAGUUACAGAAAUGUAGAAGAGAAACUCACCCAUGUUUUCACCAUCCAAAGAGUGUGGUUAACAUCUUGAUACAUUUCCUUCAUCUUGUUUCUGUGCACAGGUUUUUGGUUUGUUAAUAUGGUUGUGGUCAUUCUAUCUAUCUGUAAUAGUGUCAACAAUAAAAAUAAAGUUAAAAAUAAAUAUUU